AUGAGCUCCGAGGCCCCCAACAGGAACAUGAGGACGGUCUACUCGAGGGAGUUCCUCAUCUCGAUCGGCGAGUCUGACCGCUGCAAGAAUCUGCCCCCCGGCGUCAACCUGUCGCUCCUCAAUGAGCUGCAGGAGGCGUCGUCGGUGGCGUACGAGAGGGGCAACAGGGGCCAGUACACGACGCCCCUGGGAAGGUCCGACGGUUCCGGGGGUUACACUUACUCGUCGCGUGGCGGGAGCUCCGGCGGAAGGUGGGACACUCGCUCGACGGGGUCGAGUGACCGGGAAGGGGACUUUCCUGACCGCGACUCGUUGACACAGGAUAGGCAUAAUGGAACCCAAUACAAGCGCACUUGGCAAAAAGUAGAACAUGAUGGCCUACUGGGAAGCGGUGGAUUCCCUAGACCAUCAGGAUAUGCAGGGCCGCUGGCGGCCAAGGAUCGUGGGAAUGCGCCUCAGCCAAACAGGACAGCUGAGCGCUAUCAGCCACCACGCCCUUACAAGGCUGGACCUCUUUCACGAAAAGAUGUUGACUCAAUGAAUGAUGAAACAUUUGGGUCUUUUGAAUGCUCAAAUGAUGAUAGAGCAGAAGAAGAAAAGAAACGAAGGGCAUCAUUUGAAUUGAUGAGGAAAGAGCAACAUAAAUCUCUGCAAGAAAAGAAGAGUGGUCCUGGUGAUGAUAUCAUGACGAUGUUACAGAAUUCUACUGAAAACUUAGGUUCCGCAACUAACAGUGGGAAGCCAGAUGGAAUAGUGCCCUCAGUUCAUCAAGAUACCACUAAAACAUCUUCAGUUCUACCAGCUCCUGCGGCGAGGCCACUUGUCCCGCCUGGUUUCUCAAAUGCAGUUGUGGAGAAAAAGGUUCAGUCCCAGUCGUCCAACAUUGCACUUGAACCAAAGGCUCACAUUCCUGCUAGAGAGGAUAAGUUACCGACUAUUGUGCAAUUUAGUAGCCAAGUAGAGGGAAACCAGUCAGCAACAGACAUCACUGCAAGCAACAAAAAGAAGGGCAUUUCUGACAACAUUGGUGUACAUCAAAAGCACACACUUCCAUCUGGAGGCGUUCGCUCUUCAACUGAAUUUGUUCCUAAAAUUCUGAAAGGAACUGAGGAGUGGGAAGCUGAUGCAAUGGAUGAUAAAUACUCCAUUGAGAAACAGGGCAUGUCAAAAAAUGGUGGUUCAGUUGGGAAGGACAAUUCAAUCUCAAUCUUGGAAGAGUUCUUUGGCAACGCAUUGUCAAAAGGCAGUGGCAAUUUACCGACAUAUGUUGAGAGUCAACAGCUGAAUACGGGUGCUGAUAUGAUGGCCUCUUCUGUACCAGAAUCAUCCAAAUUUGCUCGCUGGUUUCGUGAUGAAGAUUCAAAACCUUCAGAGGACUUACCAUCAAAGAGCCUGCUCUCCAUGAUUGUGAACAAUGACAAACCAGGCCAACAAAACAUAGUUCCUGGUCCAACUUUGUCUGACGGUGCUAUUCAUCAGAAUUUAUCAUCAAAAUUAACUACUGAUAAAUUCGAUGCUUCAUCAAGGCUACUACCAUUUCCAUCUCCUGCACCUGCUGGUGGUAUCCAGGAACAGUACAGGCAUGCUGGUAUCCCAGAGCCACCAGCUCCAGUUAUGAUGACAUGUGAGGAUCUUGAGCAGGCGAUGCUGGCACAGGUUGCUAGCAACAGUGGUUCUACUCAGAAGAGUGCUGUACAGAGGCAUCAGGCUGUUUUGGAUGAGCCAGCCACCAAGCAGAAAGUAGCUGUAGACAAUCAUGCAUCACACCAUCUUCUUUCAUUAUUACAGAAGGGAACAGAUAGCAAGGGAUCAUCUCCGUUUGGUUUCCACAUAGGAUCAGCUGAUGAACCACAGAGUUCUGAUGUAAAUGCCAUGGCCAAUGGUGGUAUAUAUGGAACUGUUCCGAGUAACAAAACUGAAACUGUUCCGAUUAACAAAACUGAAACUGUUCCUGCUUCAGGGAAGAGCGUGACCUUGGAAGCAUUAUUCGGGGCUGCAUUUAUGAACGAGCUCCAUUCCAAGGAUGCACCAGUUUCUAUUCGGGGAUCUGCAUCUAGUCAUGAAGGAUACUACCCUGGUGAAGAGGCUCUGCCCUUCAACAGCAAUGAAGGUGGAGAUCCUUUUAAAGAACCAAGAACUGGAAUAGAGUACAGGAAUACAUCAUUCAGUGGUCCAAGUCAGGGUACCAGCUUUGACAAGAAUGGGUUGGAAAUUAAUCUGCCUGAGGAAGACAGUUUGUUUACAAUGAAUGACUCUUUCGGUGUUCGAAAGCCUGAUAUGUUGCCAUCACUGAGAUCCGGUAGGGUGGAGGUGCAAUUACCGGAGAAGGCAGUUGAUGAUCUUAACUAUAAGCUUCAAAGCCUUGUGCCUGGUGAUGUAGAACCUGCUCAAGUACUUGGUCCUGAUGCUCUGGGGCCUCGUUCCCAUGAACAGCGUUAUCAGGUUGAGUCCCAGAAUCUUUACCAUCUUCUACAGGGUGGUAGGCAACCUGCACUGGCUCCUCGUCCGAUGCUGGAUCACGUUGGUAAUAGGAGUCAGCAAGCCCCAUUUGACAUGCCACAAGCGAUACGGCAUGAUCCCCGUCGUUCCUUCCCACCUAACAUGAAUCCUAUGCAACACACACUAAAUGCUCCAGGGGUCCCUCAUGUAGAUCCUGCUGCCCAUCAUCUUAUGCUGCAGCGCAUGAGUGGGAGUUUUCCAGCAGAAGGCUUGCCAAGAGGUGUUCUGCCAUCUCAGCCUGUGCAUCAGGCGGCUGGUUAUAGACCUGAGAUGAACAAUGUAAAUAAUUUCCAUAUGCACCCUUGCCAGCCCAGCUAUGGUGACUUUGGACUGAUGCCGCCAGGUCCAUCGGGUCCAGAGGUGCGAGGCAACCACCCAGACGCCUUUGAGAGGUUGAUGCAGAUGGAGCUCACAGCAAGAUCAAAGCAGAUACAUCCAGCCAUGGCCGGUCCUGUGCCUGGUGGCAGCAUGUACGGGCCUGAGCUGGACAUGAACCUGAGAUACAGAUGA